GCGGUGGCGGAGCGGGUUGGGAGCCGCCGGGCCCCGCCGGGCCACCCUCUUGCCAUGUAGGAUGCUGCCGGCUCCCGCAGCCCAGCGCCCGCACCCCCUUCUCUGGACACCCCCCGCGGCCGAGCCCCCGCCGCCGCCUUGGGCCUGGGUGCUGCCGGCAGCCGCGGGGUUGCUGAGGGUCGGCGGCACCGCCGGGGCUCCCCCCCCACCGCCGCCGCCUCCGCCGCCGCUGCUGCUCCCGCCGCCGCCCGCGCCGCCCCCGCCCGCCGCCGCCCUGCUGCGGGCAGCCCCGGGCUGGCGCGUCCCCUGCGAGCCGCUGCUGCCGCUACUCGCGGCCGCCGAACAGCACCCGGCAGCCCUCCUGCACGGGCAGUGGAUAUUCGGGGCUCACUCUCCAGUCAUUGGAUUUUCACCUUCCUCGAGCGUGGAGUUCGUUCCUGUCUUUCCACCCGUGUACACCUCCACAGUUCCACCCCACCCUGGGAAAAACUGGAUUGAGAAGAGGCUGCCCAGCUGCAAAAUAUACUUGAAUAAUGCCUUUGCUCUGGACUCGGUGUGGAUACAUCCUGAGGAGUCAAGGCUCUUCCAGGGCAGUGAGAAGCCUCUCUUAAUGACAAACCACGUAGCCAUGGCUAUAGCCAGGCCAGCUGCUGCCUCCAGGCCUCUUCCCACCGUGGUGUUGGCACCUCAGCUGAUACCAGGUGGCUGCCAGAACAGCCUUAAGCCGGUCAGCGGCAAUCAAGCCCUGGCGCUGGCCACCACGGCCACCGCUGCGAUGCUGUCCGUGGACCCUGAAGCCCCUCAAGGACCUUCAGCACCAAGCAUCCAGCCCUGCCACGUGCUGACCUUCUCACCUAUCAAAAUUCCACUCUUGGCUUCACCUUUUCAAGGUUCUGCCUCCAGGCUGGAUGCUCAUAUGGGUCCCUUGAUGCCAACACAAGUCACCAGGGUAACUGCUGUGUCUGCACCGGCUGUGACCUUCGUGGCAACCAAUCUGAUGGACCAGGCAUUGACAGAUAGCAGCAAAGAACCCACUAGAUCCUCCUGCCCACCCACCUUGAUUUUACACACAGAGAGGAAGAGCACCCCCAUGGAGAGCAGUGGACAGAAGGAGCACUCUUUUAAGCUGGUAACUGAAGGUGACAGCAUGUCAAAUGUCAACAAGCCUGUGGCAUCCACCCCAGUGCCAGGAUCACCAUGGUGUGUAGUCUGGACUGGAGAUGACCGGGUCUUCUUCUUCAACCCUACAAUGCAGCUGUCAGUCUGGGAGAAGCCAAUGGACCUGAAGCACCGCGGGGACAUCAAUCGCAUCAUCGAGGACCCCCCGCACAAGCGCAAGCUGGAGGCUGCAGCAACAGAUAAAUGUCUCAGUUCUGGUCCAGGGGAUGAAGGUGACGAGCUCAGCAUCAAAACUAAGAGAAACAAAACAGAAGAUUGCCAAGCUGCUGACCAGGGGAAGGCUGAAAUGGAGAAGAAAACUGAGGAAGCAUCAGCACCUCAGGCCACACCUCCCCUAGAAGAGCGCAUCACUCGCUUCCGAGACAUGCUUCUGGAGAGAGGGGUUUCAGCAUUUUCUACGUGGGAGAAAGAGCUGCACAAAAUAGUCUUUGAUCCACGCUACCUUCUGCUCAACUCAGAGGAACGUAAGCAGAUAUUUGAGCAGUUUGUCAAGACCAGGAUCAGAGAAGAGUACAAGGAGAAGAAGAAUAAAUUGUUGUUAGCCAAAGAAGAGUUCAAAAAGCUCCUCGAAGAAUCCAAGUUAUCACCAAGGACAACCUUCAAGGAGUUUGCAGAGAAAUACGGAAGGGAUCAGCGGUUCCGCCUGGUCCAGAAGAAGAAGGACCAAGAGCAUUUUUUCAAUCAGUUCAUCCUUAUCCUUAAAAAAAGGGACAAAGAGAACAGGAUAAGGCUACGGAAGAUGAGAUAAAACCCCCCUGGAACUGGCCCUCGAAUCCAUGCUGUGACCGAGAAAAUCCCGACGAAGGCUGAAGAGUCAGGGCUGCAACUUGCAACAGCUUGAGGAGGAGACGGACGUCCCUGAGGAGAGCUUUCCCUAAACGCAGCUGGUGAAGGUUGUUCUGCAGGAGGCUGAAGGCUAUUUUGUUCUCCAAGAAUUAAUGUUUCAUAUUGAAGCUCUUUUUUGUACAACAUCCAGAGUUUGAUGCAUUUCUAAUUGCCAUCAUGUGUCAAUCCCGUAAUUGUUUUAAUUAUGCAAAUGACUUCUAAUGUACACAGCUGAUGAAUCCGGCGCAGGUUUGUAAUUAAGCAGAAGCAGAUGCCAUCCAUAACCAUCUCGAGAUCUUCUCAUCGUUUAGGGGAAUCAUCUGAAGCGAUCUCUUUUUUUUGGCACCUCUCGCCGUUAACACCGAGCUGCCCAGAGAGGCUGUGGAUGCCCCCUCCCUGGAGGUGCUCGAGGCCAGG